UUAAUCAAUUCUCCCCUCUUAAAAUCACCAUAUAUAUAUAUAUCAAGAAAACUACACUACCUUACUUCAAAAAUGGCAACACUUCCAGCAAGAAACUAAGUAACAAUGAAGGAAAUGAUACACACGAUGAUCGAAAAGUGUCCAUUAUCCAUCGCCAUUGAAGUAAAAAAGCUCGAAAAUUGUUCGUAGAUAUGAAGAAGAUGAACCAGCAAAUAUAAUAGUACUACUAUAUACACAGAAUAACGAAUAACAAAUAUAUAUACCUAUUAUCUGUUCCACUUUCAUCAGCCCACCUUCUACUUCUCUGUUUUUUUUUCCGUACUAUUCUCUGCCAAAGCAACGAUCCAUAAAUAAUCUUUCGUAUUUUACUGUGCAUAUAAAUAGUUGCUUAAUUUAUCAUCAUCAUUAUCGUUAUCGUUAUCAUUAUCAUCUACUUUAUGAGAAAAUUAUCAUUUUUAUCAACAACAACGAGUACUAAUCAUUCUAACACGUUGUUUUUCUUCAAACCAAAAAACAUUUUCUUCUUCCCCAAAUGGACUCGUAAUGUGGUUAUAUCAGCAACCAGUAGUAAUGUACCACGACGAUCCAAAAAGAUCGUCGUGAUAAUGGGUGCUACUGGUUGUGGAAAAUCAAAACUCUCUAUCGACCUUGCCACUCAUUUCUUCCCAUCUAUCGAAGUCAUUAACUCCGAUAAAAUCCAAGUUUACAAUGGUUUAGAAAUCACUACAAACAAAAUUUCAAUGACUGAACGCUGCGGUAUCCACCAUCAUCUUCUCGGAGAGUUCAAACCUACUGAAUCACACCCGGAGUUUUCCCCUUCCGAUUUCCGAUCAGCUGGAGAUUUCAGAAUCAACGAAAUCGUUAAUCGAGGGAAAAUCCCUUUUAUUGUAGGUGGGUCUAACUCAUUCAUCUAUGCUCUGUUAGUAAAACAAUUCGAUUCAGGAUUCGACAUUUUCGAAUCGUUAAAUCCGGUGAUUAACGAGCUUCGUUACCAGUGUUGCUUCAUCUGGGUUGAUGCCAUAGCACCUGUAUUGAAUCAGUAUUUAGAUAAACGAGUCGAUGAAAUGCUCGAUUCGGAGAUGUUCGAAGAGCUAAAAGAGUAUUUCGAGAAAGAGGGGUUUUCCGAUUCCAGUUCCGACGGGAUCCGGAAGGCAAUAGGAGUACCGGAGUUCGAGAAAUACUUUAAAGGGAAGAUAUCAUACGAAGAAGCAGCCAUGGAGAUAAAGGAGAACACAAGGGUAUUAGCAGAAAUACAGGUGAAGAAGAUCAUGCGGCUGAGAGAAGGUGGAUGGAACAUACAAAGAGUGGAUGCCACAGCGACGUUAACGGCGAAAAUGGGGUCGGAAAAAAUAGCCGGCGGCGAGAAUCCGGCGAGGAAAAUUUGGGAAGAACAGGUACUGGAACCAAGUGCCAAGAUUGUGAAGCAGUUCUUGUUGGAGUAGGUCAUUUUCCAGCUAUUUCCAGCUCUCAAUUUUUUCAAUUAUUUUUUAAUUUCAUCUUAGUUUUAAUUUAUUUUGUUUUUUUUUAAAUAUAGGACGUAAAUUGAGUAAGAGGGCUGGAUCAAUUAAAGUCAAACUAUACUAUGAAUCGAAUUAUUACAACAGAUUAUCAAGUAGUUAUAGCGAAAUAUUUUAUUGACAAUCAUUUUUGGGGUUAGCUACGAGCAAAGUAGUUUGUUCGUAGCUAACAUAGGGAGAGGGGAAGCAAGAAAAAACAGUCUUAUUUAUUUGAUUUUGUUAUGAUGAAUUUUUAGGAUUACUUUGGAUUUUCAAAAUUUUUAAAUUUUAUUUCUCAUAUCAAUCCAUAACAUAAAGAGUUUAUUUGGGUUAUAAGUUAAAAGGUAUGUUUGUCCUCCAUUUUUGUAUGCAUUAA